AUGGAGUGGGCAGGCAUGUACGCGGUCAACUGGGUGCGCAAAAUGGCCCAGGAACAAAUCCACAGCGUCGAUCCAAAGCAAGAGGCCAUUGAUGAUUUCAACGUCUACACGCAGGAAUUUCUCAAACGCACCGUUUACACCAGUCAUUGCCGCUCGUGGUACAAGAACAACAAGAUUGAUGGGCCGGUCACCGCCAUGUGGGCCGGAUCCCCCAUGCAUUUCAAGGAGAUGAUGAGUGUUCAGCGUGGCGAAGAUUUCGAUAUCAAGUAUUGCUCGCCCAAUCGUUUCCGGUUCUUUGGGAUGGAACCACCGAAAGAGAUGCAAAGGAUAUGGAUCUGA